UUAGGAAAAUUUGGUGCCAAUACCGCCAUUGUUUUCCCAAGUUUUCCAACAGAGAAUUCCUAUAAUUUCUUAGGAAUUCUUUGGAUAUCUAAAGGAUUUAUUCCAUAGAAAGCAUUAGAAAACUAAACAAUUCUAAGGAAAUCCAACCAAAAAUUCGCAAGGGAUAUGCUCUUUCAGACCUUUGACCAAUCUGUUAUUAUUUGUUGCUGAUCUCCCAUUUUGUCAUGAAAAUAUAAUACUGAAGCUAUCCAGUUCGGCCUGGUGUCUGCGUGAGAAUGACAUAAUGUGUAUAAUUAAUUGAGGUAUUGUUAUAGAAACUAUUUGCCUUAUAAAUACUUAUAGCUACCUUAAACAUUUUUUUUUUUCAAAAAUGCAUACAAAAUUGAAACAUUUACUGGUAAAUAAAUAGUAUGUCGGUCAUACAGAGUCUUCUAAUUAUCUAUUUCAGGCCACUGUCAAUGUUCAGUACAUCAAAGCAAUUGAAAAGAACAAACCAAUCAUGACCAAGUUUGGACCAAGAUCAAUAACUACAGCCAUAGUAGCAGAUGCUUCCCAAACAAUGAAGCUUGUCAUAUGGUCACAUGAGCUGCUUGAACAACUACGUGAAGGUGGAUUCUAUUGUAUAUCUUUCCUCAGGGUAAAAAUGUUUGAGAAAGGACAGCUUAAUACAACUCCGCAAACAAAGGUAAUUCCCAUACCACCAUUUGAAGAUGUAAAAUCAGACAUCGAAGAAAUUUGCCACGAACAAGUGAUUAACGUGCAGCUUCAGUCUGUACAAGUACUGAAGAAGAUCUCAUGCCCCAUUUGUUUCAAAAUACUAGAUUCAAACGAAUACCAACAGCCACUUGUUCGCUGUUCCAGUUGCAAUUUCAAAGUCCUCACCACUUCCUUGCCAACUCAGAUCUCUGUUGUAGCUUACGCACAGAUUGAUGGUCAACAAAAGAAACUACAGGUUUCAACAGAAGCUGUAGAAACCCUUGUGACUGCAGAAAGUAAACCAGAAUUAAAAGAUGACCUUGAUGCAUUUGAAGACUUUCUUAUUUUGAACAAAUUUGAAAUUCACCUGUCUACUGAGAACAUUGUUACAAAAAUGAGAAAAUGUUGAAUACUCCUACUGCUCUACUUGAUGCUCUUGAUAUAAAAAAGAAAUGGUCUACGGUAACGGUUUUAUUAAUGCAACUUAGUGGAAGAGAGACUUUUUUACUAUAGUUUAUUUCGUUCUCUGUAUUGUCAAGAUUUAUCAUCUGUUUAGUGUUUUUAAUGCCAAAUGCAUAUUUCCAAUGACUUCAUAAUAAAAAAAUUAUUGUUGCAUAGGUAAAGUUUUUCAAUUCACUGACAUUGAAUCAUGAUUAUGUAAACGCCCAAGCUCCUCAUUGGCCACCGCGUAAUGAGUGAUGAA